AUGAUCAGCCACCACCUGACUAUUUCUCUAUUAAGCUAUGCGUUACUGGGAAUUUAUACAGACAUCCAAGCUUUGAUGUUCAGUACGUUGCCAGGCCCUCUCGCUAAUAUCUAUAAUGCGACAUUAAUCAAUCAUUAUUCCAUUCAUGCUGAUGCCAAAGGCUUGUCUCUGGUUUCCACAGCAAUGAUAAUAGCUCUCUCAAUAGGUACAGGAGUCUCUCUGUCAAAAGUACUUCCUCUUCUCGAUAAGAGAGGAAGAAAGUUUGUUAAUGUGUACUUGAGGGGUGUACUCGGAUUUCUUGUGGGUGUCUGUCAGCUUUGCACAAUUUUACUGGAAUCAGCAGAGUUCUUUCUGUUUGCACAGUUCUUGACCGGUGUUAUGAUCAUUCUUUCUAAUUGUGGCUCUCAAUUGUAUUUGACUGAAUGUGCUCCAGAUGAACAUAGAGGUUUUGUCUCUACCGUACUAGCUGCUGGAGAUACACUUGCAGCAAUAUUAAUGUAUCUCCUGAGUAACCAGAGUGUUCUGGGAAACCCAGACUUUCUGCUUUAUAUACCUGUCAUCUCAAUAGUUCUAUGUGUGGCUCUGUUUCUUUUCACAUACGAACUUCCUGAUUCCCCUAAAUGGCUAGUCCUAAAAGAGCGAUGGGAUGAAGCAAAAACUUCAAUUCGUCAUUAUCAUGGAGAAAAAGCAAACAUGGACAAAGUGAUGAAUUCCUUGAUCAAGGAAGUAAACCUAUCAGAGAAAAUGACUCUCAAGGAAGUUCUCAGCGAUUUGACUUUGCGAGAGUCGUUGAAAGUUGUUGUGGCUUGUGGUACUUUUGUAGUUACUUCUUCUGCUCUGUUGGAAGGCAUGUACUUGGUAAUGAUAUACUCAUCUCUAGGGUUGCAAGCAGAUGAGGUUUUGAUCAUUGUAUUAGUAAUCCGAUUAUUAUUCUGCCCUUUGCGAUUCACUGGUACCAUCAUUAUUGACAAAUAUGGGAGACGUCCUGUCUUAUUUCUGGCUGGAUUCAUAAGUGUUCUCAAGUUAGUAAUCAUGGCGGGGGCGAUGUCUAUCAUUUACUUCUCAUCUCCUUCUGUACUAACUAUCGCUCUCGGAAUUAUGAACGAAUUUCUCUCUGAGAUGUUUUUCGCAACUGGUAUAAGGGGACUACCGAACCUCCUGAUUGUAGAGUUGUUCCCUCCGUCGUCAAGAGUUUCUGCAAUGCAGUUGGUCUUCAUUGCUCCCAUGAUUUGCUCUGUUCCUUUCAUUUUUUUCCCAACCAUAAACGCUCUGUGUCCACCGGCUUAUUUCUUGUUCAUGUUGAUGAUUCAGCCAGUCAUUCUCUAUUAUCUUUUCGACACUCUGCCUGAGACUAAAGCGCGCAGCACUUAUGACAUUGUACAUUCGUUCGAACAGGAGAUUCGAUCACGGACGAACACGAGCACUUCUGAAAGGAUCACUCUUCUGCCCUCUCGCCGUAAUACUUUGAAUCACGUAGUACAAAAUGGCUAUGAAACUCUAAUCUGA